GAAAAAAGAAAGAGAGGGAGAGGAAGAGCGAGAAAAUUAGCUUACAACCUUUGGUAUUUUGUUGUUUUAUUGUUGUUCCAAAGAAUGACAGGCACGUUUGCAGGCUCAUAGCCUUUCAGGGCUGACUAAGAGGAAACACGUAUUUUGUGAUGACACAAUUCAUGUUGGUGUUGUUGUUUAACAUAAGGGAACUCCCACAGGGUAAGGCUUAAGAGCGCUGAAGGAAGGUUGAGACACUUCUCAGGCAGUGCCAGUAAAUCAGGAGGGAGGGAAAGAGCCGGCGUGUGUGUACAUUCAGUUUCUAAUAGGUAACACGAUGUGCUCCAGCCAAGGUCUCUACCACUUCUCUUCUGGAUCUCUCGGAGGGGCUGGAGGAUGCAGCUUCCCACACGCCGGUGGGGGUUAUUAUAGAGCUUCCAGCUUGCAUGGAGGAAGUAGCAAUACACACAUUCCCAUCUCCUUCGGAAGACCCAUCUGGCUUACCUCUGAUGCCACCAGGGCAGGCUGGGGAAGCUUUGGUGGCAGCCAUGGGAACCUCUUCAUGGACAGGAAUGAGAAGCAGACCAUGCAGGACCUGAACGACCGCUUGGCAACCUACCUGGACAAGGUGCGUUCCUUGGAGGAGGCCAACACUCAGCUGGAGGGAUGCAUCCGGGAGUGGCACCAGAAGAGGUCUCACGGCCUCAAGCGUGAUUUCACAGAGUACGAGCAAAACAUCAUAGACAUGCAUGAGCGGAUUGAAACUGGACGGGUUAACAAUGCAGGCAUUGUUCUACAGAUUGACAAUGCAAAAAUGGCAACUGAGGACUUUAGGAUCAAAUAUGAGACAGAAAAAGCCCUCCGACAAAGUGUGCAGGAUGAUGUUGAGAACAUUCGUAAGGAGCUUGACAACAUGACAAUCAUAAUAACAGACCUGGAAAUGGAGAUUGAAGCUCUGCGAGAAAGUCACAUACUGAGGAAGAAAGAACAUGAGAAGGAGAUGGAAGCCAAUGGCUCUUCUAAGGACUACAAGGUGGAUGUGAAGGUCAAGACAGCUCCACAAGAAGAUCUGGCCAAAAUCCUGGCAGCGAUAAGGGCUGAUUAUGAAACAAUUAUAGAAAAGAACCGUAAGAGCCUUGAUGCCUGGUUCCAGCAACAGAUUGAAAGUGAAUCUUUGGAAGGAAGCCCCAACCAGGAUGAAAUACAAAGCAGCCACAAAGAAAUCAGCGAGCUGAAUCGCACACUGCAAACCCUGGAAAUCGAUUUCCAGAUGCAACUAAACAAGAAAUUCGCCCUGGAAAACAACUUAGAGGAAGCCAAGUCUCUCUAUGCUUUCCAGCUUCAAGCCAUCCAAGACUUAAUCUCCAAAUGUGAAGAAGAGCUCAGUGAGUUUCGCCAUGACAUCAAGACUCAAAAUAACCAAUACAAGGUCCUCCUGGGGAUAAAAACGCGACUGGAGACAGAGAUCGCUACUUAUCGCCAGCUUCUGGAGGGAAAAGUCGAUGGGAUGAAAGGCUCCAAGUCAAGCUUAAGAGAAUCUGGAUCAGCCAACAAGAAUCUAACAUCUGUUGUGCAGGAAAGUGUGAAUGGACAAGUAGUUUCUACACAUGUAUCUGAGAUCAAACGGCGCAUUUGAUUUUGCUGGUUUGAAGAAAAGAAGCACUUAUAUUCAGGGGGAAAAACAAUGGAAGUUCUCCUAUUUAAUGCGAAGAGUUCUUUUCCUUGUUGAUACUGCAUGUGAACUUGGGGGCCUCGAAUAUUUCUUCCUUAGUUUUGCACAAAAACUGCUAUCCAAACUGCUUGUAAUUUAAUUUAACAUAAAUGCAAGUGAUGCACUUGUUCUCAUACCUCCUACUCCUUUAUAGACCAUGAGAUCAA